AUGACCUCGACAUCGGACUACCUGAUCAUCGGCUCUGGCGUCUGCGGAACCUCGAUCGCCUCCUACCUCUCCCACCUCUCCCCUUCUCCCAGCAUCACGGUCAUCGAUCGUUCACCGGACGGCUUCGUUUCCGCCUCCGGUGCAUCGAAUGAUCUCAACAAGAUCAUCCGUGCCGACUACACCGACCCGACGUACUGCAGUCUUGCCAAGACCGCUAUAUCAAAAUGGAGAGCGGAUGAUGUUUUGCGCAAAUUCUAUCAUGAGGUGGGGGUGUUGUUUCGUAGUCAGAGUGGAAAGGGAGUGGGGGAGUACGUUGAUGCUGGAAUCAAACACGCUUGGGAACCCAAGGAUGUGCAGCUCGAGGUGGGAGUGGAGGGGAAGAAGAGAGCGUACAGAUUGACGGAAGAUUCACAGGUGGAGCAGAUCCUAUCGGGGGUGGAGAAGAGUGGAUUGGGUGAAGGGUUGAAGGGGUUCGGUAGCACCCAGACGGGUUACUUUAAUCCGAGAGGUGGGUGGGCUGAAGCGAACAAUGCCACCCGUGCUAUGCUCUCGCACGCCAUCACUCGCGGUGUCAAGGUCGUCGGAAACUGCCUCGUCACCGAGUUCGUUCUCGAAGGAACCAAGGUGGUCGGAGUCAAGACGUCUUCCGGAACCACCCUUUUCGCUAAGAACAUUGUCAUCGCCACGGGUGCUUGGACGAGCGAUCUCCUGACCACUCUCACUAAACCUUUUUCCCCCUCCUUCUCCGCUGCAGGAGGGUGGUUGACUCGACCCUCAGCACAAUGCGUAGCGAUCCUGCGAUUGACAGCUGCUGAAGCGGAGAAGUUCAAAGGAACACCGGUGGUGAUCAAUUUUUCCUCCGGAUUCUACCUCUUCGAACCAGUCCUGGAGGGUGGGGAGUGGCAGAUGAAGAUCGCCUACCACUCGAACGGAUUUGUCCACCCCCGCCCACCUUCCGGUACCGACACCGGUGCCUACCCCGGAUUCGAAGCCUCCGCCCUCGAACACUCUCACUCCCCUGCGACGGAUCACUUCGGUACAGCAGAAUCCUGCAUCCCCCCUACCCAUCUCGAUAUCAUGCUCGACGAACUCCACAAGGUCUACCCCUCUCUCGCUCAAAAGGAAAGGGUGGUGGGAACGCGCAUCUGCUGGUACUCCGAUACCCUGGAUGAGAACUGGAUCCUCGAUACGCUGGAUCACCACCCAGCCCUCCAAAACGCGGGGGUAGAAGCGAGCAAUGUCUGGGUGGUAUCGGGUGACUCCGGUCACGCAUUCAAGUUCCUCCCCGUCAUCGGCGAACUCUGGGCCACCGUAAAAGGUCUUCAGCGCAACAACUGGGGCGUGGACCUCAAGCGAUUCACGUGGAACCAUCAGCAGUCCCUGCACAAGAUCAAGCAGCAGGGUGGAAAAGUGACGAGUGCCGAUAGCAACAGGUUCGUCGCCGAGCAGGUAGAGGGGUUGAACGCCAGAGCUAGAUUGUAA